AAUUAAAGCUGAUCUUUCAUUGGUCAUAUAUACUUAAGCUGCUAACGCCAUUUUGUAACAUAAUGUAAAACUUGUGACGCUGCUUAACUUCGCAGUAAAUACGUAUAAUUUAUUAUAAGAGUUGGUGAACUAGUUACAUACAAUUACGCGGGAAAUAAUAAGAAACAAAGACAAAUAGAUUAUUUUUGAAACGUUUCCGCAAAAAUAUAUUAUAAAAGUUUCUAUUUGCUACUUCGAAAAUAAAGUAAAUAUUAUUGAGAUUAUAAUGGAGAUGAAGUUUUCAAAAUUUAAAAAAGACGAACGUUGUAAAAAAUUAGAGCGUUCCUUGAAACUUUCUUUAUUGAGGAAAAAUGGUAAAUUGACAAAUGAUGACCCAAUCUGGAAUGACACGGAUGCACAGAAUUGGAGUUUUACUGCUUUGUCUCCGAAACCUUUCAAAGAGCCAAAACAUGAUUUCAAGACAGAACAUAAUAUUGUAUCUUCUAAUAAUAAUUCACCAAGAAUAAUGACAAUAAACAAGAACAGGUACAUUACAUAUGAACCAGUAAUUGCAUCUUCCAAUGUUCAACAAUCUCCAAGACAAAAUAACUGCUUUAACAACGAUGUUGCUUCGUCGUUGAAUAUGAAUGAAUAUCAUUGUCAAAUUAAUAGAAAUUCAAAAGUCGUUCAAAGAGAUUCAUUAUUGACUAAUGAAAACUCAACUCUUGUAGUUCAAAGAGAUUUAUACGAACAAACAAAAAAUAUCAAAUAUGAUAAAGAUCUUCCUAGAUUGCAAAAAGAAAAUUCAAAGAGUAAUAGUGAUAAUAACUAUAAUCCUCGUAAAACAAACAUCGCUAAUCUUAAAGAAAAAUCAGGUAGAACUUUUUUUAAUUGGAAAAUUAUGUUAAACAAAGAUGGUCAUCUGCUUAUCAAAGGAACAUUAGAAAGCGGACAAACUGCACGCAGUAAACCUAUUCUUAGAAGAUUGACAGCUACAAGUGUACAAUCUAUUUUUUUACAUAUAUAUUAUCUUGAAGGAAAUAUUAUGGAUAAUGAAAAUGAAUUACCAGAAUAUGUGAGAGGAAAGUUUUAUAAUGGUUUUCCAGAUGACUGGGAAAACGUAUAUCUAUUAUGGAAAGUAUAUAUUUCUGAAGGCAGUAAAUUGAGCUUUCAUUGGCCAACAAAGAUUACAGACAGUGAUGAUGACUUAAAUAGCGAAGUGACAAAUUUAACAUUACAAUCCGUAAAGGAAAACAAAAACAAAUGCCAAAAAUCUUGCAAUAAUACAGAUUAUAGUUCAAGAAUCAAAACUGGUAAUAAUAUAUCUAAUCUUGAAACCCCUAUGCCUAGUUCAAAAAAUUUUGUACAGGUUCUUAAUACAACAAAGAUAAUUCAAGAUAAUAAAAUUUUGAAUAAGGAAAAUCAACAGCAGCAUAAAAAUGUUAAAAAUGUUAAUCAGCCUCAAUGCGUUCAGAAAAAGCAUACAUUGAAGGAUAUUAUACAGGAAGAUAAAAUCAACAUUAUUAUUAAUAAUUUGUUGCAUAAAGAUUGUCCUAAAGAAUACAUCGUAAAAAUUGUACAAAUGUUUAAUUGUCUUGAAGAUGUUCUUUCUUAUAGAAUAGGAACAAAUGACACGAAUAAACUAAAUCGCGAUGAUAACGAUUCUGGAUUGUAUAGCAGUCAAUUACAAAGUAAUGAAACAGUAAUUCGUCCAAGGAGAUCUUGUAUGCCACAAUAUCAUAAUAUGUCACCAAUUACAAACAGAAUCAGUCAUAAUAACUACAACAGAGAAAAUAUGCAUGAGAUCUCGAAUACGAUUCCACAACAACAGUUACAAAAUAACGUAGAAGAAUUGGAUAAGAGAGAUUCUGAAGAAUUAGAAAGUGAAAUUUAUGCAGGUAUGCCUAAAAUCAUAUUUCAAAAAGUAUUAGAAAAUAAAAGGGCAUCAUUAAAACAGGAUAAACAAAAGCAAAGAAAAGGAAUAAUAAAUUCUACCUCUAUGACUAAGAGUCAUAUCACGUCACAAAAAAGAGUUAAGAAAAAACACAGAAUAAUACAUCGUUCUAGUUCCAGCGAUAGUGAUAUUGACAAUGAUAUACAAAAUUUUGUGUCUAAUGAGAAAAAAAAAGAUGAUAAAGUGAUUAGACAUAAUGCGUUGAAGCAAGGGAAAGAUAUUAUACAAUCAAAGACAAUAUCUUUUACUCAGGGAUCUGUAUCGUACGAAGGAAAUCUUGUUUAUCAUGAUCACAGUGUUAGCAUUACCGAAGAUGAAGAACCACGAGUAGAUGAUACGAAUCGUAUAGGAACACAUCCUAAAGAAAAAAAGAGCAGUUUUAAAUAUAAUUGCACUCGUGACAUUUCCACUACGGAUGAUGAAGUAGAAUUACCAGGAGGGAUCAAUUACAAGAAACAUUUGCACACAAUGGAGACCAUAAAACAUAGUGCUAAAAAGCCAAGAAUAAUAAACCACCAUUAAUGGUACGGAUCAUUGCUGAUGUAUUUGAUAGAAUUAAGAAAGCAAUUAAAAUUAUUUUUUCUUUUUUAUUAUUUUAGAAAUACUAAAAAAUAAAAAAUAAAAAUAUAUCUUCUGUA